UCCUCAAAAACAACUUUGGUCUAGUAGUUUCUCUUUCACCAACAGACAACUUUCCCUCGUCGUCCUAGGCUGUGUGGUAUGGUUAAAUGUAAAUCGAAUGUAGAAUUAGUUGUGAGCCAGAUCAACAAAUUAAUUUUAAAACAGCAGCAAUACCCACGUUACAAGAUUCUCGGUCUGAAUUUAACAGAUUUAGGAUUUAGGGUUUAGGAUGUUAGCACUAGGUCACGUAGCACCUCGGUAACAAUUGUUUAGGCUAACAGGACUGCUAACUUUUCAAAAAACCUUGGAGUGAGAUUUGGUGGGGCCAACCAACAUUUUGCUGCGUACAAGGAAAUCCCGCCCCCCACCUCGAGACGACAUUUCACUUGUGUUUGCGCGUCUAUGUUACUUCAUUCAGUGUAUCUUGUCCAAUUUCUGUUUAUAACGUAGGCAUAACUUGGAUAUUUUUUGACCUUGCUAGUACUCCGAUUUCUCCAGGAGUAAAAAGACAAGGAAACCAAACGGAGGAGAAUCAACAAUGGCUUCAGGUAACUCCCUCCAUCUCUCAGAGCUGAGGAUUGUGCUGCCGAGGGGGGGGGGGGGGGACUGUUCACUUAUGGGGACUGUCUGGGGGACACAACCAUUGAGCAGCACAUUGACAGAGAAGAGAAGGCCCUCCAGUGGCUUGUUGAGAAAUGUGGUAUAACGUCCUCAACAGUGAGAACAGGGGUGAUGACGCUCAGGUCACUGAGCUGCCGGACAAGAUAGAUGAGAUGGUAGCAGCAAACAGUGGAGAUGUGUUUUACCCUGAGAUGGAUGUUUGUAAAGAAAUUAACUGGAGUUCAGAAGAGUAUCAGACAUCAUCACCACUGCCUCUGAAAAGAGCCAAGAGUAUAGAAGGUGUCUCUCCAAACUGGAUUAAACCACAGAGAUCUCCACACACCAGAUUAAACCCUGAACCUGCACACAGCAUGGUAACACAAGGACCGAUCCCGACUUCUCUGAUGCCAGAAUUAACUUCACAACUUUCAGAGACUACAUACAGGCUCCAGUGCCCCCAUGCAGGUGUGUUCCAGUGCAAGUUGACAGGUCUGGCCUUUCAGAUGGAGGGAGAGGGGGAGGUGCUCUACAAAACUGUCCAAUGGGACGAAGGUAUGCUGGUCUCCACAGGCCAGAUGCCUGCAGGACCCCUGUUCAACAUCAGCUGUCCUCAGGGCUCCGUCUCUCAGCUGCACCUCCCACACUGUGAGAUUCCCUCCGGAGCGGGUCUCAAGUCCUUGUCUGUGGCUCAUGUCAGUGGUGAUGACGUGGAGCUUUUGCCUCCCCUGAGGGUGACCGACACGCAUGUGGUGGUGAACAUCACAGACCUGCCCCUAUGGGGUCUGGUGAGACGGGUCAUACCCUUUCUCACCAGUAGGGGGAAGGUGCUGCCCUUCCUCCAACUACUAGGCCCCAAGCGCUCUAUUCUCAACCUGGUGGUUCUGCCACACAACGUUCCAUACCAAGAGGUGGGGAGGAUGCAGAGAGUGGGCUCCUUCAUAGACGUGUGUUCGGACUGCACACUCUCUCACGGAGAAGUCUACAGCCUCUGCUGUGAUGCGGUGGAGGCCGAAUUGAUCCAACCGAAGCGUGUUCAGCUCUACUGGAACUACGGUCCAAACUACCACCCCACCUUCCAGGUGUUUCUCAGCCCCCACGCAGAGGAGGUGGGGCUGAGGCUUCUGGCGAAGGCGGGAAAAGGAGAGGAGGCGUGGGCGGCACGUGUUCCACUAACAGCAGGUUCCUCAUCGCUGGGAGGCAGGCAGACUGAGCAUGCUCAGAAGGGCUCUGCAGAGGAGCAGCUGCGCUCUGCAAGACUGGGGUUUGUGGAGCAAGUGUCCAAGCCUGUCCUGGAUAAUGUGCUGGAUAGACUUCUGCAGGAGGGAGUGAUCAGCAAUGGUGAGCGAGAGGCGUUGAAGGUGGAGACACAGAGGGAAGAGAGAGCGAGGGCGACCAUCGACAUGGUCCUGAGGAAAGGAAAUGAGUCAUGUUUUGUGAUGAGACGUCUCCUGUAUGAUAUGGACCCCUACUUACAUUCAACACUUGGCUUCAAAGAAUGAUGAAGAGGAUGAAUUUAUAGCGGUUCUGUAAAAUUCUGGUACAACGUCUCAUUCUUGUACAAUCUUAUUUUUUAAACAAUUUGUAUUUAAAAAUAAAAAUAAAAAAUUGUUUAAUCUUUGGUCUAUGAAUGAGAGUCGGCUUAAUUAGAUUGAGCAUCAUUGUCCCAUCACUGUCAAGUUAUUAUAUUAUUACAUUUGCAACCCAUUAGUUUUUUGCAUAGGGUUUUAGACACGUGCGCACACACACACAUGUAAUUAGUUUAGCAGACACUAAACAACAUACAAAUGUGUUAACAUAAUAUUAUAUAAUCAUCAUUUCUUGGAAUUUUUUCUGGCAGAGCUUUCUUAAAAAGUUAUUUUUGGCUUUGUUUCCUUGAUUGUUUAAAUAAAGCUGAAUUACAUUUA